CUCAUGACUAAGCAAAUGUUUGACUUGAAACCAGCCCAUAUAAAUGUCACUGUGCCUCUAACUCUCUGUAGCCAUUCCCGAAUUUCUUUCAGCGCUGGGAAAACCAGUCUAUGCACCAAAAAUGUCUAAAACUGGAACCAAGAUUACUUUCUAUGAAGACAAAAAUUUUCAAGGCCGUCGCUAUGACUGUGAUUGCGACUGUGCAGAUUUCCACACAUACCUAAGUCGCUGCAACUCCAUUAAAGUGGAAGGAGGCACCUGGGCUGUUUAUGAAAGGCCCAACUUUGCUGGGUACAUGUACAUCUUACCCCAGGGAGAGUACCCUGAAUACCAACGUUGGAUGGGCCUAAACGACCGCCUCAGCUCCUGCAGAGCUGUUCAUCUGCCUAGUGGAGGCCAGUAUAAGAUUCAGAUCUUUGAGAAAGGGGAUUUUAAUGGUCAGAUGUAUGAAACCACUGAGGAUUGCCCUUCCAUCAUGGAGCAAUUUCACAUGCGAGAGAUCCACUCCUGUAAGGUGUUGGAUGGUGUCUGGAUUUUCUAUGAGCUACCCAACUACCGUGGCAGGCAGUACCUCCUGGACAAGAAGGAGUACCGGAAGCCCAUCGAUUGGGGAGCAGCUUCCCCAGCUGUCCAGUCUUUCCGCCGCAUUGUGGAGUAAUGACAUGAACGGGGCCAUAUUCUUCCUGGGGCCCAAAUGCUGGCUGGCCUUGUGGUCCAAAUAGGCAUCAUCAAUAAAACAGUUGGCAUGCAUCCCACUGCUGACUAUAACGCCUCUCCUUAAAUGCUUCUAGGGACCAGCACUAUAGUGCUCGCCACAGUGGGAAGUUACACAAAGCAACACAUCUGUCAGAUUACCAAUCUAGAUCUUUGUGCCAAACAAAAUGAGAUUGCAUUAAAAGGUUAGAAAAUCA